GUGCACGCGCCAAGCCAAGCCAGUGCGUGCAUGUGUCGCAGAUUUUAAAACUCAGAGAGAGCUGGAACAGCGGCGGACCCGAGGGUGCACCAAGAGUACCGGCGGCUUUAAAUCCUAAAAGAAAAACACUCUUAAGAGUUUACGCAGAAUAGUUAAGCGACAUUUCAUCACCUGAAGAGUUUUCAGAUAAGAAACUCUGUUUGCUGCACUGGAUGAUCUCAUGAACAUGGAGCUGUCAUCAAUAGGAGAGCAAGUGUUUGCUGUGGAGUCAAUAACGAAGAAGAGAAUAAGAAAGGGAAAUGUGGAGUAUCUGCUAAAGUGGCAAGGAUGGCCGCCUAAGUACAGCACCUGGGAACCAGAGGACAACAUAUUGGACCCUCGUCUUGUCCUCGCCUAUGAAGAAAAAGAGGAGAAGGAAAGAGCUCUGGCUUAUAAGAGGAAAGGCUUGAGACCCCGUCAAGUUAUUCUGCGGAACCUCUACGCAAUGGACCUGCGAAGUAAACACAAGGUUCUAGGUAAACCCACCCAGAGAAUCCGCCUGUCACUCACCCGCUCCAUGGGGACAGAAAUAGACCAGAAUGGGCGGCGCUGCCAGCGCAUAGAGAAACGCAAGAACAGCCAGUGCAGGUCCAAACUCAUGAAUGGCAUCAAACCAUUCCAACAACCAAGAAGACAUCCACGUCUUCCAAAAGACUCAGAGAAAGAGUGGGAUGGAGACGAGGAAGAUGAGCAGAAGAAAAAGGUGAAGAAGAUGAGAACAAACGAAGAAAACACAACAGAAGUGCACCAGGACAUUCCAAGUGGUCAAGAGAUGUCGGAGGGGUACAACUCUUCGGCAGAACAUGAAGCUGUAAUCACUAUCAAGGAAACUGAGAACUGCUCUUCCAUUUUUGACCAUGCCGAGAAGCCAAGAGAGGAUACAGGUCCAGUUUUAGGAGCAACAGUAAACAGUACAAUCACCAACACACAAGAGAACGAGCCAGUUACAAACACUGCAGGGGAUGAGGACUCUGACACUGACCAAUCACUACACAACAGCACCAAGUCAGGAGCCGAGCAAGGUGUGUUUGACAAAGUACCGAACAGACCUUUGGUUAUCGAGGUACAUUCAAGCGCUAAAUGUAGACAGGACAAGGUAAGUGAAAGGGGCGAGCUAGACAGGUCAGAGGCCAAAGAAAAGGAAGGGAUGGAUGCUGUUGUUACAGCAGAAUGCACAACAACACUACAGGUCCCAAUUGACCAGUUGCAUACUCCCACCACCACCGCAGUGCAUCCUGGGAAAGUCAUUGUGACUCAGGGAAAAAAAAGUAUUAAGUCCAGUUUGUGUUUCCUUUGUACAGUACAAAAUAUUCAAAUAAAACUCCCAAAGUUCAGAGCAAAGAAAAUUGUGGAAGUGGAGGAAAAGUAG